GUUUGUGGUGUACUGCCAGUGCUGCUGCUGCUGUCAAAAUGGUUGACCAAUAGGCUCCAAGGAGAGGCGGGGCUUUGCCUGUCAUAGACACGUGUACCGGGAAGUAGGAAGUAAAUACAGAGGAGUCGAGGUGCCAGUGGAAACAACUCUGGCACCAUGCUCGAAGGCUACAGCCCUGUGACCCAGGCCCUGCUGGGGACUCUGUUCACCUGGGGUCUAACCGCAGCUGGAGCCGCUCUCGUGUUCGUCUUCUCCAGCCGACAGAAGCGCAUCUUGGAUGGAAGUUUAGGCUUUGCAGCUGGGGUAAUGUUGGCUGCUUCCUAUUGGUCGUUACUUGCGCCGGCGAUUGCCAUGGCAGAGGAUUCUGGGAAAUACGGGUCAUUUGCUUUUGUGCCUGUGGCUGUGGGAUUCACACUUGGGGCAGCCUUUGUUUAUUUUGCUGACCUGGCCAUGCCCCUACUGGGUGUGGGUGCAGACCCUCACACUGCCUUGGCCCUGCCCCCUGACUCCAAGCUGAAAGCAGAGCAGCCCUCGUUCCAGCACCUGGACUCUGAUGAGAUGACCAUCAGGAUAGGUAGAGCUGGACCCCUCUCAGAUAAAUUAGAGAAUGGAGAUGUUCACCAGAGGAGGAGAGGACCUCAAUCGGGCAGCUCAGAUGAACAAGAAACAGGAAGUAAACAACAGGAAGGGGUCGGGCAUACAGGAAGCAGAUGGCGACGCAUUCUUCUCCUCAUCCUUGCCAUCACCAUCCACAACAUCCCAGAGGGUUUAGCUGUCGGGGUUGGAUUUGGAGCCAUUGGAAAGACAUCAUCUGCUACUUUUGAGAGUGCCAGAAAUUUGGCCAUUGGUAUUGGCAUCCAGAAUUUCCCAGAGGGCUUGGCAGUGAGCCUUCCACUCCGGGGUUCAGGGGUCUCAACGUGGACGGCCUUCUGGUAUGGCCAGUUAAGUGGCAUGGUAGAGCCUAUUGCUGGGUUGCUGGGCGCUGUCGCUGUGGUUAUGGCAGAACCCCUGCUGCCGUACGCGUUGGCAUUUGCUGCCGGGGCAAUGGUCUACGUGGUGGUGGAUGACAUCAUACCAGAGGCUCAAGUCAGUGGAAAUGGGAAACUGGCAUCCUGGACCUCCAUCCUGGGCUUCGUAGUGAUGAUGUCACUCGAUGUGGGCCUAGGCUGAGGUCACCAUGAUGACCAGCACCCUCAAUGGCCAUGAUGUCAUGACAGUGAUGCUGACCUCAGUUUUAAAAAGGGGACCAAAUGAAGUGUUUUAUUCUGAAACACUGUUUAUCUAUUUUGAAUUGUUGCUACUUGAAAUAUAUUCAUUCAAUAACAGAAACACAGAACUAUUUUGUUAAACAUGUCAGGAUGACUGUACUACAAUUAUCUUUAAUGUGCGGCAGAUAUCUCACUUAGGAAUGAAUUCAUAAAUAUUUAAGGAAUAUACUCCUGACUGGAGAGGUUGUGAAUGUUUUUUGAGAAAAAGCAGCUUUUUCAGUUUUUCUUUUUUGAAAGAUUGUUUUAAAUCACAACUGUCAGUUAAAUGAAUGUUAUUUUUUACUUUUUCCAGUUUUUGUAUUUCUUCACAAUGGCAAUACUUGAAGUCUGGUGUUAGUUUUUUUUUUUUUUUUUUAAUGGGGCUACAAAUGCAAAUUUAGAUUUUGCUUAUUUUAUUCUUCAGGGCACAGUGUGAGUAUGGUGUACUGAAACAUGCAAUUCCAAAUGUGACUUUUCCAACCUACAUGUUCUUCAUCCCUCUGUAUAAUUAGGAGAUUUAUAAGGAUUAAUUGACAGUAAGUUGACUCGUUCAGAUAACAUACUUACAUAAUUUACUUUAUUUUCUUCUGUAACAACCUGAAAACAAAUCAUACAGUCUCCUGCCAUUUACAGGUUAGAAUCACAUGUUGUGCUCCAUGUCUAAUUAUUUAAAUGCUUAAGUUCUGAAUGCUGAAUUAUGUGAAAGUAUUUAUAUAAUUAAACAACCAAGUGAUUCUCA